GAUGAGCUGGGCGGGGAGGCGCUGGGGCCGGCGGCAGCGAGCUGUGCUCUGGGCCGUCCUGCUGGCGGCGUGGGAGGCGGCGUGGGGGCAGCUGCGCUACUCGGUGCCCGAGGAGCUGCCCAAGGGCUCGUUCGUGGGCGACGUGGCCAAGGACCUGGGGCUGCAGCUGCCGGAGAUCGGAGACCGAGGCGUGCGCAUUGUUUCAGGAGGCAUUAUGCAGUAUUUCGUUCUGCACGGGAAGACGGGCCAUUUAGUGACUGCGGAGAGGAUUGACAGAGAGCAGCUGUGCCGGCAGGUGGAGAAAUGCGUGCUGCGCUGUGAGCUGAUCGUGGAGGGACAGAUGCAGGUUUAUGGAAUGGAAAUCGAAAUCACAGACAUCAAUGACAAUGCACCGAGCUUUCGACAGACAGAAAAAGACCUGAGACUUAUCGAGACGACAGCCCUAGGGUCUCGGUUUCCCCUGCCAGACGCACAUGACCGGGAUUCGGGUCGGAAUUCCGUGCAGAGCUACGAGCUGAGCGGUGACGAGCACUUCUCGCUGGCCGUGCAGGCGGGCCCCGGCGGCGAUCAGCGUCCCGAGCUGGUGCUGGCCAAGGCGCUGGACCGGGAGGAGGCGGCGUUUCACGAGCUGGUGCUGAGGGCGAUGGACGGCGGCGAUCCGGCACGGACGGGCACGGCUCGGAUCCGUGUGACCGUGGUGGAUGCGAACGACAACGCUCCCGUUUUCAGCCAGUCGGAGUACACGGUGCGUGUGCCCGAGGAUGUGCCCGUGGGCUCUGUCCUCGUCACCGUCACGGCCACGGACGCCGACGAGGGGCUGAACGGUCACGUAAAAUACAGUUUCCAUAAAAUUUCUGAGCGAGCCUCAGAACUUUUUAAUCUCGACACUGAGACAGGAGAAAUAACUGUAAAGGACAACUUGGAUUUCGAGGAAAUAUUCUCCCACGAAUUUGAGGUUCAGGCACAUGAUGGAGGAGAGCUCUCUGACACUGCAAAUGUCGUGGUCACCGUGACAGACGUUAAUGACAACGUGCCCAAGAUUUCGGUGAAGUCAGCUCUCAACGAGAUCUCCGAGGAUGCCCCUCCAGAAACUGUUGUGGCUCUGCUGCACGUGCAGGACCGGGACUCGGGAGCCAACGGCGAAGUGCGCUGCUUGCUUGGAGGCGACGUCCCGUUCCGACUGGAGAAAUCCCUUGAAAACUACUACCGUGUGGUGACAGCGAGAGAGCUGGACAGGGAGCAGGUAUGGGAGUACAACGUGACGGUGCGGGCGGCUGACGGCGGGUCGCCGUCGCUGCAGAGCAGCGCGGUGCUGGCGCUGCGGGUGCUGGACGUGAACGACAACGCGCCGGUGUUCGCGGAGGAGCGCUACAGCGCGCGUGUGUGGGAGAACAACGCGGCGGGCGCGCUGGUGCUGACGGUGCGCGCCACGGACGCGGACUGGGGGCAGAACGCGCGCGUGCGGUACCGGCUGGCGGAGGGGCGGGUGCGGGGCGCGGCGCUGUCGUCGUACGUGUCGGUGCAGGCGGAGACGGGCGCGCUGUACGCGCUGCGCUCCUUGGACUACGAGGAGGUGCGCGAGCUGCGGCUGUGGGUGCUUGCGGAGGACGGCGGCGCGCCGGCGCUGAGCAGCAACGUGUCGGUGGUGCUGGUGAUCGUGGACGAGAACGACAACGCGCCGCAGGUGCUGUACCCGCCGCUGUCUCGGGCGGCGGGCUCGGGCGGCGCGUGGUCGGGCGUGGAGCUGGCGCCGCGCUGGUCGGAGCCCGGCGCGCUGGUGGCCAAGGUGGUGGCGGUGGACGCGGACGCGGGGCAGAACGCGUGGCUGUCGUACGAGCUGGCCAAGGCGACGGAGCCGGGGCUGUUCCGCGUGGGGCUGCACAGCGGCGAGGUGCGCACGGCGCGCUCGCCGCUGGCCCGCGACGCGGCGCGCCAGAGCCUGGUGGUGCUGGUGAAGGACCACGGGCGGCCGGCGCUGUCGGCCACGGCCACGCUGAGCGUGCUGCUGGCCGAGAGCGUGGCCGAGCUGCUGGCCGAGCUGGGCAGCGCGGCCGAGGCGGCGGCGCCGGGCGAGCCGGCCGGCAGCCUGACGCGCUGGCUCGUGCUGGCCGUGGCCGCCGUGUCGUGCCUCUUCCUCGCCUUCCUGCUGCUGCUGCUGGCGCUGCGCCUGCGCCGCUGGCGCCGCCAGCACCUGCUGCCGGCCCAGAGCGGCGCCUUGCGCGGCGUGCCCGUGUCGCACUUCGUGGGCAUCGACGGCGUGCGCGCCUUCCUGCAGUCCUACUCGCACGACGUGUCGCUCACGGCCGACUCGCGCAAGAGCCAGCUGCGCUUCUCGGCCGCCAGCUGCUGCGACACCCUCCCGGCUCAACCACCAGAUGAGGCUUCGGGUCAUCUUGUCCCUUCAGGAGAUCAAGUUACUGAAAGCGGUGGGCAAGUUGCCUUUCAGCGUUUCAGCGUUCGAUCCGCCUUGCCUUUUCCCUCACGGAAGGGGAACGAUGACAGCGGGGACUCCAAGCGCCCCACCCAAGAGAUCAGAAAGCAGGGAAUGGAGGUCAGAUCGGCAGCUCAGGGCUGGGCAGGCGCUGGGCGGGUCGCUUUGCUGGCCGCGGUGCUGCUGUGCGUGUGGUGGCGGGCGGCGGGCGAGCGGCUCCGCUACGCCAUCCCCGAGGAGCUGGGCAGAGGCUCGCUCGUGGGGCCGCUGGCGCGGGACCUGGGGCUGAGCGCGGACGAGCUGCCGGCGCGCAAGCUGCGGAUAGUCGCUGGUGACGAAAAGCACUACUUUACUCUCCAGGAGGAUAAUACAAAUCUGCGUGUAAAUGACAGGAUAGACCGAGAGAGCAUCUGCGGGGCCGAGUCGCCCUGUGUCCUCAGUUUGGAGGCAGUCGUGGAAAACCCUUUCAAUAUAUUUCAUGUGAGUGUUACUAUCCAGGAUAUCAAUGACAAUGCGCCACAGUUUGACAGAGAAUUUGUUACCAUAGAAAUAAUCGAGUCUACGCUUCCUGGGACCAGGUUCCCACUGGGCAGUGGCAGAGACCCUGACAUUGGGGCAAACUCUCUACAGAACUACGAACUUACUCCCAACCCAUCCUUCUCCCUUUUAGUGAGGGAGAGCCCUGAUGGGACAAAACACGCUGAACUGGUCUUGGAGAAAGUCUUAGAUCGAGAAAAACAGAAAAAUCACCAAUUGAUACUGACGGCAGUGGAUGGUGGGGAUCCAGUUCGAUCUGGGACCGCCCAGAUUAAGAUUAACGUGACUGACGCAAAUGACAACCCACCGGUAUUCACCAAAGAAAUCUACACUGUUCAACUGAUGGAAAACUUGCCAGAGGGCUCCUUAGCCUUUCAGGUGAAAGCUACUGACAGUGAUGAAGGUACAAACGCAGAAAUUACCUACUCUUUCAGCGACAUAGCAAAAAGUAUCCACAAGCUCUUCACUCUGGACCCUAGGACAGGGGACGUGAGGGUUACAGGACCCUUAGAUUAUGAAGAAAGGAAAUACUACGAAGUGAGUGUUGAAAGCAAGGAUGGGGGCGGGCUCACUGCACACGCCAAAGUACACAUAGACAUUAUAGACGUAAACGACCAUGCACCUACCCUUUCCCUACUGCCUAUCUUGAACCCGAUACCGGAGGACUCAGUCCCGAGCACAGUUGUAGCUGUGAUCAAUGUCCGUGACAGAGAUUCGGGAGAAAACGGAGAGGUGAGCUGUAAAAUGAACGAAAAUUUGCCCUUCAGAUUAGAAAUGUCAUCAGAGAACACAUACAAACUAAUAAUAGCCAGUGCCCUGGACAGAGAAAACGUCUCCGUUUACAACAUAACCAUCACUGCCACAGACCGGGGCAGGCCGUCGCUGUGGAGCAGCAGGGAGCUGGUGCUGGAGGUGUCGGACGUGAACGACAACGCGCCGGUGUUCGAGGAGGCGGCGUACAGCGCGUACGUGGCGGAGAACAACGCGGCGGGCGCGCUGGUGCUGCGCGUGCAGGCGCGGGACGCGGACGCGGGCGCCAACGGGCGCGUGAGCUACUGGCUGGCGGGCGGCAGCGCGGGCGCGGCGGGCGCGGCGCCGCUGGUGUCGGUGGAGGCGCGGAGCGGCGCGCUGUACGCGCAGCGCUCCUUCGACUACGAGCAGUGCCGCGAGUUCGCGGUGGCCGUGCGGGCUCAGGACGGCGGCACGCCGGCGCGCAGCUCCACGGCCACGGUGCGCGUCUUCGUGCUGGACCGCAACGACAACGCGCCGCGGGUGCUCUGGCCGGCGGCAGGGGCGGCAACGGGAGAGGCGGCGGGAGAGGCGUCGUCUCCCUUCGAGGUGGUUCCGCGCUCGGCCGAGGCCGGCUACCUGGUGGCCAAGGUGGUGGCGGUGGACGCGGACGCGGGGCGCAACGCGUGGCUGUCGUACGAGCUGGUGCAGGCGUCGGAGCCGGCGCUGUUCCGCGUGGGGCUGCACAGCGGCGAGGUGCGCACGGCGCGCGCCGUGUCCGAGCGGGACGCGGCCAAGCAGCGUGUGGUGGCCGUGGUGAAGGACCACGGGCAGCCGGCGCUGUCGGCCACGGCCACGCUGCACGUGGUGCUGGCCGAGAGCUUGCAGGAGGCGCUGCCGGAGCUGAGCGAGCGGCCGGCGGGCGCCGAGGCGGCGGCGGCGGCGGCGGCCGAGCUGCAGUUCUACCUGGUGCUGGCGCUGGCGCUGCUGUCGGCGCUCUUGGUGCUGAGCGUGGCGCUGGCCGUGGUGGCGCGUCUGCGGCGGGCCGGGCCGCCCGCCGUGCUGCGCUGCCUGGGCGCGCAGCGCUUCUCGCUGGCCGGCGCCGCCUUCCCGGCCGACUUCUGCGAGGGCACCUUGCCCUACUCCUACAACCUGUGCGUUCCAGGAGAAAAGAAAAGCCCUGGCAACGAGUGUUGA